CUGUGCAACGGGCUCGCGCUGCUGAGACAAGCACAGCAUCGAGGACCGGCGGCGCGCGCUCACACACACUCCCAAACAAAGAGAAGCACGCGAGGCAGCAGAGCAUCCCACUCUUUCAGCCGCGAGCUCAGUAGCAGAACCGCCCCCCCUCCACCCCUCUCUCAGCAGAACCGGCCCGGACCGAAGACACCAUGACGACCAACGGCGCGACUAACGGAACCAGCGACAUGCUGCAGAUCCAGUUCGGUCUCAUCAACUGCGGGAACAAAUACCUCACGGCGGAGACCUUCGGCUUCAAAAUCAACGCCUCCGCCACGAGCAUGAAGAAGAAGCAGAUCUGGACCCUGGAGCAGAGCGGAGACGAGUCCAGCGGGAACGUGUUCCUGCUCAAGUCACAUCUGGGCCGGUACAUCGCCGCCGACAAGGACGGGAACGUCACCGGAGACAGCGAGACCCCGGGGCCGGAGUGCCGCUUCAUCAUCACCGCGCACGAUGACGGCCGCUGGUCCCUGCAGUCCGAACCGCACGGUCGCUACCUGGGCGGCACCGAGGACCGGAUCAUCUGCUUCGCUCAGACCGCUUCUGUGGCUGAGAAAUGGAGCGUGCACAUCGCCAUGCACCCACAGGUGAACAUCUUCAGCAUGACGCGCAAGCGGUACGCGCACCUGAGCUCCAAGGUGGACGAGAUUGCCAUCGACCGGGACGUCCCGUGGGGUGUGGACUCCAUGAUCACGCUGGUGUUCCGCGACCAGCGCUACCACCUGCAGACGUCCGACAACCGCUUCCUGAGGAACGACGGCGCGCUGGUCGCCACCACGGACAAGAGCACGGGAUACACGCUGGAGUUCCGCUCUGGUAAGGUGGCCUUCAGGGACUGCAGCGGCCGGUACCUGGCGCCCUCCGGGCCCUCCGGUACCAUGAAGUCCGGCAAGAGCGCGCGCGUGGGCAAAGACGAGCUGUUCGUGCUGGAGCAGAGCCACCCGCAGGUGGUGCUCACCGCGGCCAACGAGAGGAACGUCUCCACCCGACAAGGCAUGGACCUGUCGGCCAAUCAGGACGAGGAAGGCGACCAGGAGGUGUUCCAGGUGGAGAUUUGCCGCGAAAACAGGAAGUGCGCGUUUCGGACGGCCGCUGGGAAAUACUGGACUCAAACUGCUAACGGCGGCCUGCAGUGCACCGCCUCCACCAAGUCAGCUAAUUGCUACUUUGACAUCGAGUGGCGUGGGAAGAGGCUGACUCUCCGGGCUGCUAACGGGAAAUAUGUCGCCGCCAAGAAAAACGGCCAGCUAGCAGCCACCAUCGACUCUGCAGGCGAGUCUGAGGAGUUCAUCAUGAAACUGAUCAACCGUCCGAUCAUCGUGCUGCGUGGGGAACACGGCUUCAUCGGCUGCAGGAAGGUGACGGGGACGCUGGACUCCAACCGCUCCUCCUACGACUACUUCACUCUGGAGUUCAGAGAUGGAGCGUACAGCCUGCAAGACUCUACUGGUAAAUACUGGAUGGUGGGUAACGAGCAGUCGGUGGUGAGCAGCAGCGACACGCCCGUCGACUUCCUCUUUGAGUUCUGCGACUACAACAAGCUGGCCGUGCGCCACGCCGCCGACAACAAAUACCUCCGCGGCGACCACGCCGGCGUGCUGAAGGCCAACGCCGACGACCUGGAGACCGCCACGCUCUGGGAGUACUGAGGGGGGAAGUGGCGGCGACGACGCCAGCGGGGGAUGCGGCCGCCCACUGCUGCGAUGCUGGAGAAUGAAAUGAAAUGCGGCGACGCAGCACGACAGCACUACCCAUCCAUACAUCUACCUGCCCACAACCCCACCCCUCAUCCCCUCCCUAUAUUAUUAUAUGCUCUACUUAUCUUUAUAUGUGGAUAAACUGCACAGAGAGAACAGGAAGGAUAGAAGACGAAGGAAGCUUCCUUUUUCCUUCCUUGUAUCCUCCCUUUUUUCCAGCUCUGCUCUGCAAUGCUGACCUUUAUUUGCUGCCAUAGUUACGACGACGGGGCCGUGCACUUUUUUUCCGCUCCGAUCCGGUUUUCGCUGCUUGACUCGCCACUCACUCCGUCCUCGCCUUCCGAUCGGGCUACCCCAGAGCAGAGCCCCUCCUCUCUGAGUUAACCCCUUCGUCUCGUCUUUCUUUGUCUCAACCGUCUGCGUGAGCAGCAGAGGAUGGCAGUAUUGGUGGUGUCUGAGCUGGUCUGGUGGAAAGCCUUUUAUAUGCUAUCUGAUCUAUUCCAACACCGCUGGAUGAAUUCUACUCAGCUGCUUCAUGCUAGCUGACUAUAAAACAUCCAACAUGUGUGUAAUUUGUGGAUCUUGUGACGCCUUGCUUCUAUCAGACCAGGCUGAGUGUUAGUGUUCAUGAGCAGAUCUUGUUGCCUGUGAUGACUGUGAGAUAACUGGAGUGGAUCUGAUGAUGAUAAAGAUCACGUAGAUCAUGUAAGCGAUGGGUUCAGUCCCUUUAUAUGUCAUGUGUUGAAAUAUUCAAACCAGUUUCCUGUGGAGUCUUUGUCUGUCAGUACACAGGAAGUUAAAACCCUCGUCCGUUUACCCUCCACAAGAUGAAGCUAUCGUCAGGGGAACAUUAAAAAAAAGGGUGCAGCCACAUUCUAUAUGUUUACUGUACUCGCACGUCUUAUCGGAAUGAAAAAAAAGACCCCACUCGCUGACGCACAGUUAGAUUCAUUUCUUUUUCUAUGUCCAAGGCACAGACAUUAUCAUGGUUAAGUGUACAGUAGGUCGUCGUAGUAACUGGAGGUAAAUGAUUUAUAGAUGCUUUUGGAAGCUGCUUUUCGAUUCCCUCAACCAAACGUACACCUCAGCCUUUACUCCCACCAAACCUUUGAUACUGGAUUUAAGAAACGUUCAUCUCAAAACCCAACGGACACAACUGGAACCUGGUGCUACUAACAGACUCUCAGCAUGUUGGCAAACGGUCCUGUCCCGUCAAGCAUCUCACACACCGUUUGGACAUGGUUUGAGCCUAGUGACCCCCGACUACCUAAACCUGCUCCUGCUUUGGUUUCCAUUCUAGUCUAAACCCUGAGCAGUCUGACGGCAUUUAUGGUGAUGUAUGGCCAAUUUUUGUUUGUUUUUUGUUGGAUUUUUCUGUUCCGGAUUUGUCUGUGAAGUAUGUUGAAGAGAAAUCUGAGCUAAAUCGCCAUUUAUUUCAUUAGAAUGUUCUGUAACGCAGUCAUGUAGCACGUUGCACCCAGCGGUUCUUUGACUACCUUUCAGCAGCCAGCUUUUUUUUUUCCAUAACUCAAGCAGAGAUGGUCUUCACAUACUGAUUUUUACAACAGCAAAAGAUGUUCUUGUUCCCGAUCAUUGGGCUAAGUCCACCCCGUCAUUAAGCAUUCCUCUCCUGUGGAAAACCAAUCACUGUUGUUCUAUAACAUGAUCAAUGAUUGUACCGAGCUCCUCACCAACUGUCCGACUUUUCUUUGGGAAUUUUGACUGUUUUUGCAUGAUUGUUGAGAAUUUGAAGCGAUGAGCGGUUGUCCAUGGUGACCAAGGCAAGCUUAGACAAACAGAUGUGGAAGUGUAAACUUGUGGUAAUGACUGUGCCUUACUCUUGAUUUUUUUUUUGGGCAGUAGGAAGAUUAAAAAAAAAAAGAAAAGAAGAAUUAAGGUCCACAUCAUUGCUUUGUAUUACUGGAACUUCCUUUUGUAUUAUUAUUUUGUAUAAUUUUUUGAUAUUGUGGAUUAAUCUCUCUUGUGCCAUUGGUUCACCUAAAUCCAACGACCAAUAAAACUGGGAUUUGGAACGCUACACAA